AUGGUGCGCGCAAAGAUCCCUCUAGACGUCGAUGAAGAGCUAGGCAAAAAGGACGACGACCAUCGAGUUUCUGAGAAGACCCGCUUUCGAUCUAUACAAAAUGCGAAAGUUCCUCGCCCUCGGCGAAUCAUCAUCGCACUAAUUGCCCUUGUGUUUCUCUAUGAAUUCUUCAAGAACAUGCCAACCGACCUUGCCCCAGCCAUCGAACGGUACAACCCCGAGUUAGCGAGACUGAGAAACGAAGGCUUAGGGUAUUCGUCACCCACUAAGCCAAAACCCGAGAUUCCACUACAGGCGCAGGAACAACCACCGGGAUUUAAUAGCGUGGGUAGCUCAUCGUAUGAUGGGAAGAUCAAAUUCAAUGAGCUGGCUCAUUCUCUUCCACAUAAGAAGCAUGCGGAUAAUACCCCUAGCCAAGCUGUUCUGUUUGCGGGCUCCAACCUUCGUAGUGUCUCGGAUUUGCUACCACUAGCCUGUCGAAUGGGGCGAGAAAAACUGAAUCGCGUCCAUUUUGUCGUGAUGGGAAAGGAGGAAGUAUCCAUUGAGGGUAUUAAGCAGGUUAAUGGAAUUACAGAUGAAGAAUGUCCUAUAGUCUGGCAUGACGGUAGACCAGACUUUGCGGCCCAGUCUACGAACUCACGAAUAGAACGAUCAGUCGCUAGUGCUCUCGGAUUUCUACACACAUACAUUGCCCCGGAAGUCAUUAUUACCCAGCAACCAUCAUGGGAGGACAAUUUCUUCUGGUCAGGACUUGCGGCCCAUAAACGGUAUACUGGCACUCAGCACAUCGCUCUCCCGACUGCUUCGAGAGACCUGAUGUGGAUCGCCUCUAUUGAUAGCACCGCUCUUCAGUCUUGGAAUGACAUACAAGUUGAUAUCGUUGUCCACGACACCGAAUCAUCGGGAUCCUUGAUUAGACUCAUCCGAUCAUUGGAUGCCGCUGAUUAUCUUGGAUCACAAGUCCGGUUGACCAUAGAACUUCCACCAUCGGUAGACUCGCAAAUUCUCGGCUUUUUACAGCACUUGGAUGGACUUCGUCAACUCUCAGGACGAAUCGCUAUCAGACGGCGCAUUCAACCACACUACAUGGACCCGGUAGAGUCCUCUUUCCGGAUAGUGGAAGCCUUCUAUCCCAUAAAUCCCAACUCAUCCCAUCUGCUUAUCUUGUCUCCGCAGGCGGAGUUAGCCCCGUCAUUUUACCACUACCUCAAGUACAACAUCCUCACCUAUAAGCAGUCUGCUAAUGCACAGCUGCAUCACCAAAUAUCAUCGAAUCUAUUGGGAAUUGCACUGGAACUGCCAUCUUUGAGUCCCUCAGCUAAGAAUGAGCCGUUCAGUCCCCCGGAGCUGCGAUCUACUUUCAACUCGGGCAAAACCGAGCAGGAAAAUUUUCCAUUAUUCCUCUGGCAAGCUCCAAAUAGCAAUGCCGCUUUGUACUUCGGUGACAAAUGGGUUGAGUUCCACUCAUUCCUGUCUAAUCGUCUUGAAGUCCUAGAGAGCAAAGCAAGUGUUCUCUCUCAAGAAAAGCUGAUAUCCAAACGGUAUCCAGCUUUCAUGGAAUAUCUUCUGGAAAUGAUGCGCUCUAGGGGAUACUACAUGCUUUAUCCCUCCUUCCCAGGUCUCAGAGCAUCAUCCCUGGUGACAGUCCACCACGAACUGUAUCAGCCUCCAGAAGAGUUUUCUCUCGAUCCGAACUCUGUAGAUUCGGCUCAAACCAUUGAAAGCAUCGAAGAUACAGGCCAAUCUCUUGAGUUACAGACAGAUGAAAUUGAGAUAUUAUCAUCAGAUAAGCCCUUGGAUCGUGUAUCGACGAUUACACCUCUCCUUGACACUUUUGCAUUGGGCCUCCCGGAUGUUAAUUCCCUGUCCUUGCUUUCUUUUGACGGGGGUCUGUUGACAGUGGAAGCGCUUACGCGACAGACCAAGGAGUAUACAAAGUACUUCCAGGUGCACUACGGAGGCUGUUCAGAGGAAGCACUGACUUCCAGCAAAUAUUCCUCGCCAUUAUUCUGCCUAUGA